AUGUACAGCUUUAUGGGUGGAGGGCUGUUCUGUGCAGGAGUGGGGAACAUCCUCCUGAUUGUUUCCACAGCAACCGAUUACUGGAUGCAGUAUCGGCAGUCCAGCAACUACAUGCACCAGGGCCUGUGGCGCUACUGUAUGCCAGGCAAAUGCUUCCCACACAGCGACAGCAUUGCCCACUUAGACGCCACCCGCGCCCUCAUGAUCCUCUCUCUUUUGGCCUGUUUCAUUGGAAUCAUCAUCGGCAUUAUGGCCUUCAUCCAUUACUCCUCUUUCGACAGGUUUGACAAAACCUUUGCUGCAGGCAUAUUGUUUUUCAUCGCAUGCUUUUUAGUGUUUCUAGCUAUGGCCGUGUACACUGGUGUGACUAUUAACUACUACGGGAAACGCUAUGGAAACUGGAGGUUCUCCUGGUCCUAUAUCAUUGGCUGGGUGUCAGUGGUGCUCACGUUCUUUUCAGGUGUAUUCUAUAUGUGUGCCUAUCGGAUGCAUGAAUGCCCCAGGAGCGUCAACUCUCACUAG